GCAUCCUUUUGAGACCUGAAGUCGUCACAAUAAAAAGGUGGAGCGGAUCUCAGCCUAGCUGAUCCAUGGGCAAAUGUGCAUCGUUCCCACAUCCAACGGGAUUCAAAGAAAAGAUGCUAAUGCCUGAGCUAACCUGAAAUCAAGCGACGUAUGUAACGUUAUAGGUACCAAAAAGCUCGCACAAAUAAACGGUGCCACUGUGCCACAGUGACACGGGUGGAUUAACCACUAACGUUAUAGACACGCUGUUGUUGCCUAGUGAACCUUGUCCUGGCAGCCAGUUCAGUGCUCCUGGUCGUCGGUAGCGGACUUCAUCCUGCCGCUGCAGCGCUGCAACGUUAAGUCAACUGGAAAUGGGGAAGAUUGAGCAUGUUAUAUCUUCACUGAUGUACACGCCGUAACGCUAUGAGCUAACACACCUACAAGGAGAAGGGAGCUGAGAACUGUUUCGUCGAAGAAUAACACUGAAACCAGGGAGCAAGGUGGUGGAGUAGGAGGAUGUAGCUUUAUAGCUAACUAGGAAGGGACUUGUGUGUUGUGAAGAGAGCAGCGCGUCGGGAUUGUGUGACGAGGCAGAUCCCACCAGCCCACCAGCCAUGGACAAGAAAGAGAAGAGGCCAGGCUACUUCGCCAGGUUGAAGAAGAGGCGGCAGCUCAAGCAGAGCCAAUCAGAGAGCUCUGUGAAUGGGCAGGACCAAUCAGACGCUGACCAGAGGGGGCCAAUCAUCAGUGAGCAGCAGGAGAAAGGCCAGAAGGAGGAACACGAGAAGAGGAAGGAACUCAACGGAGACACACACACAGAUAAUGGCAGCAACCCCAUCAGUCAGGUGAGGAAGGAGAAGCAGAGACCGCCUGGCACGGUGGAGUAUACGGUGGGUUCCAGUGAUACCCUAAACAGCAUCUCUCUGCAGUUCAACAUCACUCCCAAUGAGCUGGUGCAACUCAACCGCCUCUUCUCACGCAGCGUGGUCCCAGGACAGAAGCUGUUUGUCCCAGAUAUUGGCCAGUCAGACUCUGGUUGCCAGGAGACCAGAUCAGACCCCAAUCAGUCUAGCGCUGCACCCGGAAAACCCUCUCAGGAUGGCGAGGUGAGUGGCCCGGCGGCGCUGCUGCUGAGGAGAGAACUGUCUCCGCCCUCCGAAGAUGAGAGCCCAGCAACCGUCAAAUUCAUCAAGAUGAGCUGCAAGUACUUCACUGACGGAAUGGGCGUGGUGGGCGGGGUGAUGAUCGUGACGCCCAACAACAUCAUGUUCGACCCGCACAAGUCGGACCCGCUGGUGAUCGAGCACGGCUGUGAGGAGUACGGCCUCAUCUGCCCCCUGCAGGAGCUCGUCUGCGCUGCACUCUACCACGACGUCUCCCGCAUGAAGAUCAAGGACGCGCUGCCCUCCGACCUAGCGCACGAUCUCUGUCCCCUGUACAGGCCGGGGGAGUGGGAGGAGCUUCCGUCGGAGCGCGAUCUCAACCCCUUCAGCCGCUACGAGGAGCUGGAGCGCCAGCGUCGCCAUGGACACGCCCCGCCUCUCCACCAGCGUCGCCAUGGAGACGCCCCGCCUCUCCACCAGACGCCCUCCGACGAGGGCUUCACCGAGCUGGAGCCGCUAGGGGGCAGCGCUGAGGAGGAGGAGGAGGAGGAGGAGGAAGAGCAGGCCAUGCGCUCGUCUGAGGAGAUCACCUGCACGCCGCGCGCCGCCUCACAGGUGGGGGUGGGGCAGGUUACCAUGGUGACGGAGGCUGUGGGAGACGCCGCUAGCGGGAGGACGCGGAGUGAGGCGUCAACGGUGGGCGGAGCCACGGAGCCUGCAGCCCAAGCAGGGGACCCGAGGGGGAACCAGGGGCAUUGUGGGAGAUGUAGUUCCCCACAGGAGGAGGAGGGGCUGGAUGAGGACCAGGGGCAUUGUGGGAGAUGUAGUUCCCCACAAGAGGAGGAGGGGCUGGAUGAGGACCAGGGGCAUUGUGGGAGAUGUAGUUCCCCGCAGAAGCAGGAGGAGGAGGAGCUGGCUGAGGACCAGGGGCAUUGUGGGAGAUGUAGUUCCCCACAGGAGGAGGAGGGGCUGGAUGAGGACCAGGGGCAUUGUGGGAGAUGUAGUUCCCUACAGGAGGAGCUGACCGAGGAGGAGAAGAGGAGGCGGCGCCACAAGGCCGAGGUGAAGUCAUGGCUGCUGCAGAGGAUGCAAGGACCAAUAGAAAAUAUGCUGCUGUCUGCGGAGGAGAAGAGCAAGGCCCCGCCCAUGUUCCUCUGCUUCAAGGUGGGCCGGCCAAUGAGGAAGUCUUUUGCUGUUGCCCAGGCAACCAGCCCCACCCACUCCUCCAGCAGACGAGCCAAGCUGUCAGAGUAUUGGUUUGCUGUCCCGCAAGAAAGGGUGGACGAUCUGUACUCGUUCCUGGUGCAGUGGUCGCCGGAGGCCUAUGGGAAGGAGGCUCGAGAACAGGGCUUCAUCGUGGUGGAGAAGGACGAACUCAACAUGAUCGACAACUUCUUCAGCGAAGUCCCACGCAGCUGGGAGAUCAUCACCAUUAACGAGGCCAAGCGGCGUCAGAGCUUCGGCAGCUUUGAGGAGGAGGAGCCUCUGGACCUGCUGCCCUGCCUGAGUGACCCUAGUGCUCUACUGGACGACACACACAUUCAGAAGCUGGCGGCCCGCUUGCCGGCGCGUGUGCAGGGGUAUCCAUGGCGACUGGCGUACAGCACGGGUGUGCACGGCACCAGCCUGAAGACGCUCUACCGUAACCUAGGCGACCUGGACUGCCCUGUACUGCUCACUAUUAAGGACAUGGACAACCAGGUGUUUGGUGCGUUCUCUACACACCCGUUCAGAGUGAGUGAACACUGCUAUGGGACUGGAGAGACCUUCCUCUACAGCUUCAGCCCAGAGAUCAAGGUGUAUCACUGGACAGGUGAGAACUCCUACUUUGUGAAAGGGAACAUCGACUCUUUGCAGUUGGGAGGUGGAGGGGGCGGGCUGGGCCUGUGGCUGGAUGCGGACCUGUACCACGGCACCACCUCCUCCUGCUCCACCUUCAGCAACCAGCCGCUCAGCGCACAGCAGGACUUCACCGUCCACAGCCUGGAGGUGUGGGCCUUCGACUGACCACACACACACACACACACACACACACACACACACACACACACACACACACACACACACACACACACACAGCAGGACUUCACCGUCCACAGCCUGGAGGUGUGGGCCUUCGACUGACCACACACACACACACACACACACACACACACACACACACACACACACAGCAGGACUUCACCGUCCACAGCCUGGAGGUCUGGGCCUUCGACUGACCACACACACACACACACACACACACACACACACACACACACACACACACACACAGCAGGACUUCACCGUCCACAGCCUGGAGGUGUGGGCCUUCGACUGACCACACACACACACACACACACUCACACACACACACACACACACACACACACAGCAGGACUUCACCAUCCACAGCCUGGAGGUCUGGGCCUUCGACUGACCACACACACACACACACACACACACACACAGCAGGACUUCACCGUCCACAGCCUGGAGGUCUGGGCCUUCCAGUGACCAUACACAUACACAUACACAUACAAAUACAAAUACACAUACACACAUACAGACUGCUUGAGCACCUGCAUGGCUACUGCUCUUAAGGGAUAAAAACACACGCCUACUGCAACAAGCGAUAUCUCCACGGUAACAAGCGAUAUCUCCACGGCAACAAGUGAUAUCUCCACGGCAACAACUCCACCCAACCUGCAGGAUGAACUCAAGCGGAACUAAAACUAAAGGAACUGAAGGACUUUCCCCAAAUCACUGUGACCGUUCAAACACACACACACACACACACACACAGUGAGGUGUAGAAGUGUGUGUGUGGUGUGGUGAGGUGUGUGUGUGUGUGCAAACAAACACUCUGGCUGGGAACGGAAGGGAAGUGACACGCUGCGUGUCGACCAGAAUGUUUUAUUUUCUUUGUGUGUUUGUUUGCUAUUUUGUUUGUUUGUUUGUUUGUUUAUGUUGUUGUGUUUAGUUUAGUCUCCACAGCAACACUACAGCACCACUAAGCUGUGUGCUACUACAUGUAAGUUACUGUAUUGUUUUUUAUAUGCAAAGUUUUAAUAUUUUUUUAAUGAACGUUGAUUUUGGAAAGGUAAAUCUUUUAUAUUUGUGUA